AUGGGUGAUUGCUGCAAAGCCACUACGUUUUUAAUUUCAUGCUGCAUCCUUAUCGGAGCAGUUGGAUCUCUUAUAGCAUAUCUUCUUGGCAAGUAUUGGAAGAUUUUGAGCGAUACUAAUUUCAAAAAAAUCCGUUUAUGGCUCAUAGUUGCUCUUGCCGUAAUUGUUGUAUUAUUAAUUUUAUGUAUCCUUCUCUCUCUAUGCAACAGCAAGUUCUCAAGAAAUCUCGUUUCAAUUAUCUUGAUUAUCUUCAAUUUAGUUAUUCUUGCAAUCGCAAUUAUAGUAUUCAUCUUCGGAAAGAAAGUCCCCACAAUUGUUUCUGACAAAUGGACGUCAGGAAAUCUUGGUGUUCUCAUUCAAAACACCUUCAAAUGCUGCAAUUUCGAAUCUCAUAAAGAAUACAAAGAUAACUGCUCCAAGGAUUACUUAACAGUAGACUGCAAGGGCAAGGCUGACAAAGUCGCAUCUAGUGUUAACACAGUUGGCGGAAUAUUAAUUGGUAUCUUCGUCGGCUUCUCACUUAUUAUUGUCAUCCUCUUCUGGAUCGCCUGCAAAUCUGGUGAUAACGAUGAUUCCGCAAUCCCAACUAAGGAUCAGUUCAAUACCCCGCUUACUUACGGCUGGUAG